AUGUAUUUAGUACUUAAAAGCUUUUUUCCAUGGUUACUAUUAAGAAACCCUAGCUUUGAUCUUCAUUUUGAAAAUGAAGAUUUAUAAUUGACAACAUUACUAGAUGAUGAUAACCUAAUAAGUGAAGUUCAAUAUCAAAAUAACAAAAUUUUAGAUUAGUAAUAUUUCGAAUAGAAUAUUAGUAUUAAGGAAGAUCAUAUGAUUGAAUUAAUCAAAUAUAUAACAGAAAUGCCUGAAGAUGAUUCAAAUUCAAAAAGAGCAUAUAGAUAUCCAUUUUAUUCAAGUACACUCCUAUGUUUCGUAGGGAGCUAAAGGCCAUAGAAUUUUAUUGAGAACGAUAAGUAAAUUAUAUACUUAAGGUAUAAAGACAAUUUCUUUAUAAAUUGCUCAAUUUUUUUUCUUAAGAUCAAGAUGUUAAUUAAGUUCUUGCUGGAUUUGUUAUAAAUGUGCUCCAAAAAAUUUAAGAGGAACUUAUAGUAUAGGAAUGCUUUAAAAACCCAUAAGUUAUAUAGGGAAUGAUCAGAUAAUUGUAAUCUCGUUCAGUAUCUGACUUUCUAAUUUAUUUACUUAAGAUUUAAACUAUCGAAUACUAAAAUGAAAAAAACAAUUUACUUUAGAAUAUUUUGAAAAGAUUAGAUGAUUCUACUAAUUUUGAAGUAAAUAAUUAAUUUAUUUAAGAUAUCAUCUAAUAUUUCAUAUAUCAUCUAAGAAAUGAUUAAAGAAAUAGAUUAUUUAAAUUAAUAUAUUGAUAUUAUUUUUGGAGAAUUCAUUAGUAAAGUUUGUUAAACAACUUUACAUUAGAUAAAUUAUAUAUCACUAUCAUCAUGUACUAUACUUUUUAAUUUACUAUAAUUCCUAAAAAAUAUUGAUAAAAAUGAAUAAUAGUUAUAAGAUAAUAUCAUAAUGAUAGAUACAAAUAUAGUCAUUUCAAGAAUAGAACCAUAUUGUGCUGAUUGGAUUGAGUAUAUAUUAAAUCAGAAAUCUACUAUUUUUGGUUAAUAAAAACUAAAACUACUUGAAAUUAUAGGAGUUGGAGUUUCCUUAAAAAAUUAAUUAUUUAUUAAUAGGCUUUAUUAAUGUAAUAUCUUUAAAGUUUAUAAUUAAUUAUUUAUCACUUAUGAAUAACAUGAUAUACUUCAUUUUUAAUAUUGCAAUUUAAUUUCUUAGAUAAUAGAAAAUGAAAUCGAUAUACUAAUUAAAAAUGUAUUAUAUUAUUAUUUAAUUUAGUUGUUUGAAGAAAACUAAUUUAUUUAAUUAUUAAUACAAUGUACUAAUAAAGUGGAUAAUUAAGAAAAAUAAAGAAAAGGAUAAUUGGGUUUUAUAACACAAUUGGGUAUAUUUAUAGAAGAGAAGGCUGAGAAAUAUCAAUAUUUAUAAUAAUACUUAUAAAAUGAAUUAUGGCAAUAAUUUAAAACUUAAUAUUUUGAAAAAGCUUAAAAAAUCAGUAAUUUUGAAUUAGGAUAAGAUGGAAUAGAUGAAUUAUUUUUAUUGAAAAAUAUUCAAAUGGAUAAUUAGAAUAAGGAAAUUAAUAGAAAUUUAAAUUAAGAAAUAAUAUGA